AUUUGCAAAGAAGAGACAAAAUGGGUAGGGCCGUGAGAGUGUGAGUCCAUUGGCCGUUUCCUAAACAUAGCUUGCAUUGCAGUCUCAUUUUGCUCUGCUGUUUUCGAUCACCUUCCUUAAUUCGUUUCCUUCGACUUGCAAAGCAGGAAACAUGGCUGAGAUUGCAGGCAUAUUUCUCUCUCCCUUCCUCCAAACGUUUUUUGAAAGAAUGGCGUCUCGCGAGUUCGUCGACUUCUUUCGACAACGAAAACUCAAUGAUGGGCUCUUAAUGAGGUUGAAGAUGACAUUGCUAUCCGCGAAUGCAGUGGUUGAAGAUGCGGAGGACAAGCAAUUUACAAAGCCUGAUGUGAAAGUGUGGCUUGAUGAGCUGAAAGACGCUGUUUAUGAUGCAGAGAAUAUCUUGGACGAGAUUGCUACCAAAGACUUGCAACGGAAGUUGGAUGCUGAAUUUGGAAACACUGCCUGUAAGGUACGCAACCCCAUCUCUACUUCUCGUUUUGUCAAGGAAGUAGAAAGUAAGAUAAAAGAGCUACUUGACAGACUUGAUUUUUUAGUAAAACAAAAGGAGAAUAUAGGUCUAAGAGGAGGUGUUGGAGGGAAUCCAUCAGAAAGAUUGCCCACUACUUCUUUGAUUGAAGAAUCUAGUAUUUGUGGUAGAGAUUUUGAAAAGGAGACAAUAAUUAACUCGUUACUGUCUGAUGAUGCGAGUGGCAGUGAGAUAGGUGUGAUUGCCAUAGUCGGCAUGGGAGGAAUAGGAAAGACCACCCUUGCUCAGUUAGUAUAUAAUGAUAACAGGGUGAAGGAGCACUUUGACCUCGAAGUAUGGGUUUGUGUUUCGGAUGAUUUUGACGUAUUUAAGGUAACGAAAACAAUUGUUGAGAGAGUAACUUCAACAACUUAUGAUACUAAGGAUCUAGACCGACUUCAAAUUUUACUCAGAGAGAAAUUGAUGAAGAAGAAAUUUCUACUUGUUUUAGAUGAUGUUUGGAAUAAAAAAUAUGUUGAUUGGGAGCUCCUAAGCAAUCCCUUUAAAUUUGGGGCACAAGGAAGUAAAGUCGUCAUAACAGCAUGCGAUUCCGAGGUUGCAAGAGUCAUGUUCGCUAGUGAAACUCAUCGUUUAAUGGAGUUACCCAAAGAAGAUUGUUGGUCGUUAUUUGCAAAAUAUGCAUUCCACAAUGGUAACUCUGAUGCACGUCUCGAGUUAGAAGCACUAGGAAGACAAAUUGUUGAAAAGUGCAAAGGUCUACCUUUAGCAAUCAAGGCGAUUGGGGCUCUAUUGCGGUCUAAAUUAGACGUUGAUGAGUGGGAUAAGGUAUUGAGAAGUGAAUUAUGGAAUUUGCCAAUUGAGGAGACAGGCAUCCUUCCUGCUCUAAGAUUAAGUUAUAAAUAUCUUCCGUCACAUUUAAAGCGAUGCUUUGCAUACUGCUCUAUAUUUCCAAAGGAUUAUGCUUUCAAGAAAGAUCAAUUAGUCUUAUUAUGGAUGGCAGAAGGUUUCUUGCCGCAACUCGAAAACAAAACAAUGGAAGAAGUUGGUGGUGAUUUCUUUCUUACUCUUGUAUCAACAUCAUUAUUCCAACAAUCAAGUGGUGAUGAAUAUAUAAUGCAUGAUCUUGCAAACGAUUUAGCAAAAUUUAUAUCUAAACAAUUCUCUUUAAGCCUUGAAGACGACUCUUCUCAUGAAAUUGGAAGCAAGACUCGCCAUUUGUCCUAUUUCUCCCAAAGUUUUGAUAUUAAUAAGAAGUUCGAGGCCCUUCAUAGGGGUAAGAGAUUGCGCACUGUCAUAGAAUUAAAUUUCUUUAUGGACAGUUCGGUCUAUAGGUAUGGAACCCAAUUUUUAUUACCAAUGAUAAGAUGCCUGCGGGUGCUCAUUCUAUCUCACUAUGGGGACUUAAGUGAAUUGCCAGAUUCAAUUGGCAAAAUUAUACACUUACGUUAUUUGGACCUUUCUUCCACUUGGAUUAAAAGGUUGCCUGAUUCUGUAUGUAAGUUGUGCAAUUUGCAAACAUUGAAUUUAUCCCAUUGUAGGGAUCUUGCUACCUUGCCAAGAGAUAUGCAUCAACUCAUUAAUUUACGCCAUCUUGAUAUUACUGGAGCUUACCGCAUGAAGGAUAUGCCGUUAAAGCUGGGUAGACUAAAAUGUCUUCAAACACUAUCUACAUUUAUCUUAAGCAAAAAUAGCACAUCUUGCAUUAGAGAGCUACAAAAACUUACAAAUCUUCGAAGAUCACUUUCUAUUUUGGAGCUCCAAAAUGUUGAAUCUCCUACGAAUGCUAAGUACAUAAACACAAGGUAUAGGAAUUACCUUGAGCAGUUGGUAUUGGCGUGGAAUCGUGAUACAAAUACUUCAGAUGGUCAAAUAACUGUACAAUUACAAAUACUUGAUAGUCUCAAACCCCAUACAAAUUUGAAAAGCCUUGCUAUCAAGUAUUAUGGUGGUAAAAGUUUUUCGAAUUGGGUAGGUCAUCCUUCGUUCUCUAAUAUGGCAUCUCUUCGUCUAGAAAACUGUAAAUAUUGUUGCAGCUUGCCACAACUUGGGCAACUGCCCUCUCUGCAGGACCUCUCUAUUGUUGGGUUGGAUGGAGUUGUUACAGUGGGCCGUGAGUUUUAUGGCAGUGGGUCUUCUUCAAUGAAACCAUUUGGAGCCUUGAAAGUUCUAAGGUUGGAGAAUAUGUUAAAGUGGGAGAAAUGGAUUUCUUUUGACAAUGAAAAUGGAGGUGGAGCUUUUCCUCAACUUGAAGAGCUUUAUAUUUGCAUUUGCCCCAAGCUAGCAAGAGGGUUGCCCGUCUAUCUUCCUUGUUUAGCCAAACUUGAGAUUCGUGAAUGUCCCCAGCUGGUGGCUGCACUCCCUAGGGCUUACGCUCUAUGUGAGCUGCUACUAAUAAAUUGUGAUAAGGUUCUAUUGAAUGAAUUGCCAACUGGAAUAGAGAAGCUCGAAAUUCAACGACUCGAUGCACUAGAGUUUCUUUUCUGGGGUGGCCAACCGACACUAAAAACCCUAACCAUUGAAAGUUGUAGGAAGUUAGAGCUCCCAACAAAUGUUGACUAUUCAUCCAUUGAAGAUUUGAUGUUGGACCGUUGUGAUUCUCUCAAGUCCUUUCCACUAGAUUUAUUCCCAAAGCUCCGUCGUCUUGAAAUCAGGGAUUGUGGGAAUCUAGAAUCUCUUACAGUUCGAGAACAACAUGAACAAGAUCUACUCCUCUCACUGAUAGACAUCGACAUCAAUGGAUGCCCCAAUUUCGUAUGUUUUCCAAAAGGAGGACUGUAUGCCCCCAACCUUAAAGAUUUUUGGGUCACCAAUUGUGGAAGUCUGCUGUCACUACCUGAGAAGAUGAACAUGCUUCUUUCGUCUCUUGAGACAUUGUCUAUAUAUAAUUGUCCAGAAGUUGAGUCGUUCCCUGACGGGGGCUUGCCGUCCAAUCUGAAAUUGAUUGCCAUCAUCGAUUGUGAGAAACUCUUUGCGAGUCGGACGGGUUGGGGUUUGCAAAAUCUCUUGUCCGUUAGAACAUUCAAAAUCGGAGGCAAAUAUGAAGAUAUGGAGUCCUUUUCAGAGGUGGGGUUGCUGCCUGCCAAUCUUACCUAUCUUCGCAUCGAAUGCUUUCCAAAUUUGAAAUCUUUGGACAAGGAGGGCCUUCAACACCUAACGUCUCUUCAACGAUUGUUGAUCUCGAACUGCCCUGAGUUAAAGUGCAUGCCAGAAGACGGGCUGCCUGCCUCCCUUUCUACUCUAAGGAUCUACGAAUGUCCUUUGCUGAAGAAAGAGUGGCAAACGAAAAAAGGAAAAGAAUGGCGCAAGAUUGCCCACAUCCCCUGCAAAUAUAUUGAUGGAAACUUGAUUAAAUGAGCUGCCUCCACUUUCUUUUAUAAUAUCAACUUUUACUGUCAGUGUUUGCCUUUUGAGCAGGUCAUCUGGGGUGAAUUACAAGCUCUGGGCUUUGUUAAUUGUGCUGGUACAAACUGGGUUAAGAGUAGUUGAUUAUGCCAUUUUGAGUUCAUUAGCAUGACAUUGGCUCUACGGCACUAGUACGAGGUCGGGGUUGGUUGAUGAUGUGACGGGUUCAAGUCUCAUGAAGGCUCCUCUGAGAACUCUGAAAUAGUGUAAAUGUUCUGUUGGGAUUUCUUUUUGCUUUGGUGGCAUACUCCUCUGCUGCAGGUGUUCCAGUUGGUAGUACAAAGAUUUUUGCAUAUAACUUGGUUACUGAAGACAUUUGGUUCAGUCAAUUGGUGAAGACACACCUUGGCCAACCUUUCGUGAUAAUUCUGCUAUUGGGGAUACUAUGAAUGGCUCGAAACAAUUGCAACAAGAAUCAAAUGGUUGUGAAUAGAAUGCUAACCCAGCAGCUGAUGAUGGUGUCCAAUGUGCUUUAAUUGUUGGUGAUUACAAGGAGGGAGUUGCAGAUAGCAUAUCUGUCAAUACAAUGGCCGAUUCUUUAGUUAUUGCUCAUGUAUGUGUGCAUCUUGUGGGAGAGCACGCAGGAUCUAUAAGUUGAGCGUUCACCUUACCUAAAGGUGUUACUGCUAUGGUAAAUAAUGAUCACUUGAGCAUUGUAAAUUCCAGGAUCCUGAUCCUGAUCCUGGAAUUCUGGAAACAAACACGUGCUCUUCUCUGUAGCGUAAGUUUCAUAUCCCAAUGAAGAAAAUGCAAAGCAUUGUUUACAAUUUGUAUUAGGUUGUUUUUGCAAUGAUGAACAAUGAUCUCUUAGCAUUGUAAACACCAUGCCCCUUGAAAUACUGAAAAGAAAUCUCGCUCUUCUCUUUAUGUUUUGCACAGAGAGAGGAAUGGAAUUUGCUCUGUGACAUACUUGCUUCAUCAUGUAGACUUUUACCCACUUCCACCCCACUCAUUCUACUCACUGGUAUACUCAGAACUUGGUUAAAGAAGAAAAACAGGAUGGAAGCAAUUCAGUCUUGGGUCUCAGAGCACAAGCUGACCAGCAUUGGCCAGUAAUAAUCCUCUUUCUCAAUUAAUAUGUUCCUGUUUUUUACUAGUAGCUAAUAUAGGGGCCCUCUGGGCAUCAGGAAUUGGGGCAUCACUAGCUUAUUCACGUACAAGAUCUCCCAUGAAGCCAAGCCUUAGGCUUAUUCAUGCAAGAGUUGCUCAGCAAUCUCCAGAAUCUGUCUCUGGUAUCAUGGACAGCAAAUGAGCAGCUGUUUCAAUAUUAACAAGCAGCUACAGUAAAGCUAAUGAUCAAGACAAUGUUGAAUGCAUGCUUCUCAAGAUUGUAGCUUCAAGAAUUUGUAGGCAAGCAGUUGGCAGACUCUUGGAAAUCAAGGUCAACAAUGGACCGGAUGAUUGUUGACAGUCCUGUCAGUCCGCUUCCAAAUAGGAUGCUGUCAAGUUAUAAGCUCUCGUGCUUUGACAAUAAUAGUUUAUAAACAGGCGGUAAGAUAAACGGCCUUGGUUCUGCUCAAUGCUUCCAUGCCCCAUUUUUUAUUGCUGUUUGCAAUCAGCCAUGUAUUAUCAUAUCUGGAAAUCAAUGGAAUCUCAUUGUAUGGAUAUUGAAAUGAGAUCAACAUACAUCAUAUAAGAGAUCUUAUUUUGUUUAUUUAUGACACUGGAAAAUUUUAAUUCAUUUGAUACAUAGAACAAUUCAAUUUCCAAAAAAUCUUUCUAAGAUGGAUGACUUUUCUAUUUAUUUCAAUAUGUGGAUUCUGUUGACAAAUAUGUUUUAUGCCUAUGUUUUGAAAACUCUCGAACACAAGGUGUAGCAGUAAAUGUUGAUGAUCAAUCCAAUUUUGGCUUGGUUGAUGCCCCUUGAUCAUUUUAUCAGGUGCUUUAAUCGUGCAUCUCUUUUCUUAGUAACUCUAUCGACCUUCUAUAACAUGUUUAUUUUGUGUUAGAUAUAAUAUGACAUCUUUUUCCUCUUUUUCUUCUAGCCAAAAUUUCCCGCUUCUCCAGUUACCAUUCAACAUGUUGUGAGGCCCUUUAUGCCAACAACUAACUUCUCUUCCACUAAAAAAUGCAGAGCUAUCAUAUAUUAAAAAUUUGGCUUCUGCAUUAAUUGGUUUUCACCCUACAUAUAAUAGCUACAAUUAUUAUUAUUCACUUAGUUGUUUUAUGUUAAUGUUGUUCCUGUUUGUGCUUACUCUGCCCCGCUCAUCACAAGAUCAUUUUCGAUGAAAAGAUAAUUCAAUGAAAUUUGGUGCAUUAUCACAGUGAAACGAAUGAUCAAGACAAGGCGGCAAUGAAAUUGAAGUAAAGAAGGGGCAGAUUGCUUCUAGUCUAGUCUCUUAAUUCCUGGAAUAAAGAGCUUUUACUUGAAUGGUUAAACUUCUUGUGAGAAUGAUCCAUUUCUUCAGUGUACACAAGAUUGGCUUCUCUAGAUAUGAGCUGCAGGAAUUAAUUUGGCUCUCAACAACAGCUUGACUGGCUUUCAAUUAAAUGCUAUUUUUGGAAGCUGUUAGAGACGGAGAUAGUUCUCAGAACAUUGACCAACUAUUGUUGAUUGUUUUCUCAUUUAAUACUUGAUAGUAUUGACUCUCUCUCUCUCUCU